AUGUCCAAUCUGCCCGCCAUGGACUCUGCCCCGAUCCCUCCUCGCCUGGGCCACCCUCACGAUCCCGACCGAGACCAUUUCAAGAUGCACCCGGCUGCGAGUCUACAGGACUCGAGGUUGUUGUCCGAUAAAGUCGCUCGUCAUAUCCUGCCAGACCCGACCCGGCCGCCGCAGAUCGCUACCCCCACGACCUCGGUCGACGCGACUGCGAACCACCACGACCACAACCGCAAUCACAACCUCCAACACCAAUAUCACGACCGACAUCAGCCUUCCCACGCCGUUUCGCAGCCUAGCCACAUCUCCCGCUCAUUAGACGCCCGACCGAUGACAAGAACACCAAUUGCAGAGCCCGCGCCCUCACAAGACCAUCCAUCCGCACCUCGGCCAAUCCCCUCUGUGCACUCACAAGAUUCCAACUUGUCCGCCGAGUCCGAAACCGUCUUUACGCCGCCGGCAAGCCAAGGCGAUAUGCUCGGAGCAAAUACCAACGGUCACAGUUCCAGCCAAGAGUCGCAAUUAAUGCAGCUAUCGCACAUCGCCGCUGCCCAGGACAAGCUGGAUGAGGGUGAUGCCGCGGCAACAUCGCGAAAGCGCAUGGCGGACGGCAUGGUCAAGGAGAACACCUCUCCGGUGCGUAUAGGUCAUUCCCGGAACACGAGCACCGUGAGCAUGGCCUCGACGACAGCCAGUAGUAUCGGCGAUUGGUCGAGCGACCUCAAGACGCGUCUAUCUUAUGCAAUGCUCAAGGUGAACCACGGCUGGCUGUCCCAUUCUAUAGAUGAGGUCGAGUCCAUGGCCUCUCAAGCCGCCUCUCCCACCUCCAGCCAUUCCACAUUACACGGCCACCAAGAGUCCUCGGCCAGUCCUCGGGCGAACAUGGCCCGGUAUGCGCCCGCCAGCGCCGCCACCACAGCCAGCUCAGGACCCAGUCCUGCAACAUACGAGUCCUUCUGGAAAGAGGGACAAAGAUCCAACCAUACGUCGGCCUCACCACCCGCUCCUCCUCAGAAUGUUCCUACUCUCGCGCCUCCAGCUCCUAUUCAACCCUCUCGACCACUGGCUCCUCACAACCCUCGCCGCAAUUCAAAUCCACGCUACACGCCAACCCUUCUUUCACAUUCGCACAGCGCAUCACCACAUACGCCGGGACAGCAGAACUUGAAUUCAACGCCGAAUCAGAGGUUAGGCAGGGCAUCGCUCGUCGAUCCUAUCCUCUUCUCCCCUCACCAGAACAUGAGAGAGCAGGACGCCAUCGAGUCCCUCAUCUUCAUGAGCAGCCCUGGAAACUCGGCCAACAUGAAGCACAAUUACUCCCAGUCGGUCGCCUCCAGCCUGUCCAACCGCCACGCCUUGCCAGGCUCUCAGCCCCGCAAGAGUUUGCCUUCGCAACGGCCGACACAGCAGAAGCGAGUGGGAUUUGAAAAGAGCCCCAGCGGCAUGACAGCCGUCAGCGAUAUGGAUAUGGACUUGGACUCGCCGCAAUCUCGGGGCCCGAUGAGACGGCGGAUCAACGGCAGUGCCAGCUUCUCGGCCGGCAGCACCCUGCGUCCGCAGUUUUCGCUUCCCGCGGCAUUGGGCAGCUCCUCAAGGCCACGGCCACGUCUAGCGGACGCCGACAUUGAACGCAUGAUUGACCAGGCUGCCCAGGCCGGCGACAGCUCGGAUGAUGACGACGGAGAAAUCCAAAUUCCAGCGAGGAACAGACCAGAAGGCACUGUGGGUGUUUAG